CACUCAUGCGACUUCAGUUGAUCAUUUUCCAGAUAACUUGAGCCAGAAUGAGGAUCUUACUGAUAUUUGCGUGUGCCUUUGGCGUGUGCUUUAUCGGUGCAUCGCCUGUUGUCUUCCCGGACGAAGAUAAUAAUGGAUACUUUGCUGUUGAGCAAGUGAUCUUCAAUCCUGACACUCUGCAUGUGGCUGAACUUUUGGCUGAAGCCUCCGAGAAUGAGGAGAGUGUGGCUCAUGAGAGUGAAGCAGAGCCGCCAAAGCCAGUUAAUGAUCUUUCAAUUCUGGCCCCGAUAGCCUUCAUUUUGAAGCCAACGACGGAGAAGGCGAAGCUCGUGGAUUCAUCGGAGGAAUCCUCAGAAGAAUCAUCUGAGGAGGUUCAGAAGGAGGCAACAACUGCAGCUCCCCUGGAGAACACUUCAUCAUCUUCAACCACUGCUAAACCUGUCAGCACAAAAGCACCGUGCAAAGAUCAAGAUUCUGGUGAAUCUCCCUGCAAGGAAGUCCCAAAGCCAGUGAUCACUGAGGAUGAGAAGGACGAUCUGAAGGAGAAGGCAGCUGAGGUGGAAGCCGAUCCGGUCAUUCUCACGCCCAGUGUUAAAAAGUAAAGCAACAAGGAGUGUCUUCAUGUGAUGCAAUUCCAUCUCAAAUAUUCUCUCAAUGCUGUGUAAAUAAGGUACUAAAUGGAAAUACAUAAGUUUUAUAACGUGUAUAA